AGACAACGGAAACUGACAAUUAAUUUGUAAUUUUUAAAAAAAUUUACAGCCUUCAUUUUUUCGGAAAUUUUCGCAAGAACAAAAAAAUACUUAGCUUUUUCUGGAGUUAUGCGCCUUAUUUAAGGGAGGCAAUUGACUCUAAAAAGAAUGGGAGACAACUUAAGUCUCUUGUUUACUUUGACCAUACUACUUGUGCUGAUUCCGCAAACUUCUAUGAAUGUGCGACACAAAAGACAAACAGUAAAUGAUUACCCCCGUAUAGUGACAGAAAAUGGCCACCUGUACUUCCGCUCUGCCUCCAGUCGCAACAUCUCUUUUGUGUCGGGUCAAGGUGGAGGAAUUUAUUUGGACAAUGUGGAUUUUAAGGUCACAAUGACCCAGAUAUCAGCAAACAAUGCCUCUCUGGGAAAUCUACAAACAUCUUUCAGCAGGCUGGAUAACCAGUUCAACGCCAGAGUCCCGUCUUUAGAGACACAGCUGUCUACUGUUAUUAAUUUACCUUCACGUGUCAACCAGCUAAACGCCGACCUGACACAGGUGGGACAGCGGAUAACAGCCCUGGAGAGCAGUCAAACGUCAACGUCUGUGGAGGAGUUGAGAUCUGACCUGAAUGCUCUCAGGCAGAGGGUCACGGAGCUCGAGAGUACUUCUGACGCGGUCACUGCUGCAACUGCCAGUGUCACGAGGAGGCCGAAUAACAAUAACAACUCGGGAGGAGGUAGAAAUAACAGAAUAAGACAGCUAGAGAACAGGGUAACAGAUUUAGAAAACAUCAUUCGUAAUCUUCAAACUCAACUCAACACAAACUAUUGUGCAAGCAAUCCUUGUCAACAUGGUGGAACUUGCAGUAACACUUUCAAUGGCUUUCAGUGUCGAUGUCCUACUAAUUGGCAGGGUGUUAGGUGUGAUGAAGACGUGAAUGAAUGUAGCAUCUACAUGGGUACCGACUUAGGAUGUCAUAAUGGUGCAACAUGCAUUAAUACACAAGGAUCAUUCAGCUGCCAGUGUCGACCUGGUUGGAGUGGCAUUCAUUGUAAUUCACCAAACAAUUCAUGUGAUGGUGCUUCUCAUUGGGAGAUGUGUGAUCAUGGAGUCUGCAUAAAUGACAACAAUCAAAAUCCUUCUAGACCUCGCUAUAGAUGUUUGUGUGAUUCUGGUUGGACAUCAAAUAUAACAGUGUCUCCAGCUUGUAACAUAGACAUUGAUGAAUGCCGAACAGGAACACAUUGCUCAGUCAAUCCUCCAGUUCAAUGCAUUAAUAUUCCUGGUUCAUUUGUGUGUGGUUCAUGCCCUGCAGGUUACAGUGGCAGUGGGUAUUCAUGUUAUGACACAGAUGAAUGUCAAGAUGGUAAUAAUGGUGGCUGCUCAAGAAAUCCUUAUGUAGAAUGUAUAAAUACAAUUGGAUCAAGUACCUGUGGAAGAUGCCCAACAGGAUAUCAAGGAAAUGGGAGGAUUUGCACAGCUUCUUCUUAUUGUUCAUACAAUAAUGGUGGAUGUCAUAAUUCUGCAAGUUGUAUUGAAGGAGCUAGUGGGAGACUUUGCAUUUGUCAGAAUGGAUAUAUUGGCAAUGGAGAGGGUCCAAAUGGUUGCAUCCAACAAUCAAUGUAUGGGUCCUGUAACUCAAAUCCUUGUGCUAAUGGAGGAACAUGUACUCCUGCAGGAACAGGUGUCUUCACUUGCACUUGUCCCAGUGGUUAUACAGGGCCAACCUGUAAUAGCACUGCCAAUGCUUGUAACAGUAACCCGUGUCAGAAUGGAGGCACUUGUGUUUCACAAGGAGCUGGAUUCAUUUGCAACUGUCCUGAAGGUUUUACUGGAUUUACUUGUGGAAUACAGCAGCAAGUAUGUGGUGGGAGGUUGCUGCAAGAAAGUGGUUUGUUAAGAUAUCCAGCAACAAACAGUUCUUAUCCACCAAAUGCAGAUUGUAAAUGGGUUAUUUCAACAACAGUAGAUAAGAUUGUGCAAGUUACAUUUACCAGUUUCAGUAUGGAACAUCAUGAUAAUUGUAUUCAUGAUUUUCUACAAUUAAAUGAUGGUCCAACAACUUCCUCAAGGUUUAUGGGUAGAUACUGUGGCCUUCAGCUGCCCAAUGGGGGAUCAUUAAUUAACAGUACUCAACAUGAGUUGUCCAUCUGGUUCAAAUCUGAUUAUUCCGUAGAACAUUAUGGUUUUAGCCUCACCUGGACAUCAGCACAGCCUGCCUGUGGGGGAACAUUCAGUGGUAGUGAUCAUGGUGCAAUUAACAGCCCCAAUUAUCCAAACAACUACCCACAUAACAGUAACUGCAGUUGGAUUAUAUCUGUGCAGCCAGGAUAUACAAUAUCAUUCCAGUUUGCUUCAUUAGACAUUGAACAGCAUCCUGACUGUAGAUAUGACUAUCUAGAGAUAUAUGAUGGGGCUAGUGAUUCUGCACCAGUUUUACAACGACUGUGUGGGAUGACAACAGGUUUACCUCCUCCCAUCCAGACAAGUGGUCCAAAUGCUUUUAUUAGAUUUCAUAGUGAUCCGAGUGAAAAUGGCCAAGGUUUUUCCAUUACAUACUCCUCUUCUAUUGAUACAACCUGUGGUGGAACAUUCACUAGUGAAACAGGAGUGAUAAGCUCACCUAAUUAUCCAAAUAAUUACCCUCAUGGAAAAAUGUGUAGUUGGGUCAUCAGACGCCCUACGACCAGCAGGAUUUCAUUUACCUUUUUAGCUUUUGACUUGCAGACAACAGCAGGUUGCAGUUCUGAUUAUCUAAUGAUUAGAGAUGGUGAGAAUUACAUGGGUGAUUUACUAGCUGUUUACUGUGGCAGCAAUCAGCCUGCUGCAGUUCAAACUAAUGGCAAUGUGGCCUAUAUAGAGUUCAGGUCUGAUGAAACAAGUUCUGGAGCAGGCUUUAGAAUACAAUGGACAACUGAAUGUGGUGGUGUAUAUACAAAUAGUUCAGGCAGUAUACAGUCUCCUGGAUGGCCUGGAGAUUAUCAUGCUAGUGCUGACUGCUCAUUUAUUAUCCAAGCCUCGGAUUCACAAAAUGUUUUGCUGACAUUUGAUUCUUUUGUUUUAGAGGCUGACUCUAGCUGUGCAUAUGAUUAUUUAGAGAUACGUGAUGGCUCCAGUGAAACUGCACCUCUGCUAGGUAGUAGAUAUUGUGGACAAAAUACACCUGUCAAUAUUAGAUCCACUGGAAAUGCUUUGUUUGUUAAAUUUGUAACAGAUGAUAGCGUUCAACAUGCUGGUUUUCAUGCUACUUACAGUAUGGUUGAUGAUGGGGGAGCAUCCAUGGGCUGUGGUGGCACUUUAAAUAGAAAUUCUGGCAUUAUUAGGAGUCCUGUGCAAGCAAACGUUUAUCCUCAUGGCAUCAACUGCACAUGGUACAUAAUGGUUGACCAGGGGCAUAUUGUGAGACUUGAAUUUCAUACAUUCAGUUUUGAGCAUGGUUAUAAUACUUGCCAUGACUACAUUGAAAUUUAUGAUAAUAUCACAGCAACAGGACCAUCUCUUGGAAGAUUCUGCCGUGAAAGACCUCCUGUGAUUACCUCAUCUGAAAACUAUUUAACUGUUGUGAUGAUUACAGAUUCAAGUGUUGCUUAUGAUGGUUUCUAUGCUUCUUUUGUGGCUUUGAAUACCAGUACUUUUUGUGGUGGGGCUUUGACAGCAACUUCUGGUGAGAUUACUUCACCAAAUUUUCCACAAAACUAUCCUCAUCAUAGACAAUGUGAGUGGACUAUAACAGUUCCAAGAGGACGCCAAAUAUUUCUAAACUUUACUUCUUUUCAUCUGGAGCCAUCAGAUACUUGUAAUUGGGAUUUCCUUGAAAUAAGAGAUGGGGGCUCUGCAAAUUCUCCACUAAAGGUCAAACUAUGUGGCUAUCAGGAAGCUGUUCCUCUUAUACGUUCAUAUGGCAAUCGUUUGUAUCUGAAGUUUAAAACCGAUGCUACAGUCACACAUCCAGGUUUCCGAUUAGAGUAUGGUAGCUCUGCUUCAGGAUGCUAUGGCGAUUUAAAUUCACCAACUGGAACAAUUACUUCCCCUGAUUAUCCAGAGAGUUACGCACAUAACACUGAUUGUAUAUGGACCAUUACUGUUGCACAAGGAAAUUCAAUUAUCAUUACUUUUGCUGAAAUUGACUUGGAGAAUUCUUAUUCUUGUCGUUAUGAUUACCUUAUGAUUCGUGAAGAAGGAGAAACAGGAAAAAUGCUUGGUAAAUUUUGUGGCCGCACCCUUCCUCAUCCCAUUUACACUGAGUCUAACAAGCUGUGGAUAAAAUUUAAGAGUGACCAAUACAUAGAAGGCAGGGGAUUCAGUUUACAGUAUCUUACAAAUUGUAACAAAAACUUUACUGGAUUUGGGGGUGUCAUUGAAAGUCCAAAUUAUCCUAAUUCAUAUCUCAACAAUUUAAAUUGUACAUGGUUCAUUAAAGUAAAUAAAGGGAACAAGAUAAAUUUGGAGUUUGCUACAUUUUAUUUGGAAAAUUUCCAUGACUACCUUCAGAUUACAGAUGUUCAAAACUCUUCUCAAAGUAGGCGCCUUACAGGAAACACUAUACCACAGUCCUAUAACUCCAGUGGUAAUGUUCUGAAGCUAAAUUUCAUCACUGAUCGAUCAAUUGUCUAUAGUGGAUUUAGACUUGAAUGGGCAUUCAUUGGCUGUGGAGGAAUAUUGCAAGAUCCUACGGGCACCUUUACCAGUCCAAACUUCCCAAAUCCUUAUAACAGAAACAUUGAAUGUGUAUGGAAAAUUAUUGCUAACUUGGAUCAGGCAAUUGAACUUACGUUUCCAACAUUUCAACUAGAAGCUCAUGAUCGCUGUGAAUAUGAUUACGUGAAGGUUUUUGAAGGUGGAAGUGAUCAAGGCCCACUUCUUACUCAGCUAUGUCAUUCAGUAUCAAACCAAAUCAUCACAUCACAUGGAAACCAGUUGCUUAUUAAGUUUAUGAGUGAUGAAUCAUUUGUUGGAAAUGGAUUCAAUGCUACAUACAGGGCAAUACCUGGAGGAUGCGGUGGAAAUUUUUCUGCUAUGACAGCUACAAUAAUGUCUAAGAACUACCCACAAAAUUAUGACCGCAAUUCAAUAUGUAACUGGAGGAUAACUGUUGGAGAAGGACAUAAUGUUGUUCUUACAUUUACAGACUUUGCUCUGGGGAAUUGCCCCAAUGACUAUGUAGAAAUCUUUGAUGUAAUCGAUUCAAAUGAAGUCUCCCUUGGAAGGCUUUGUGACAAUCAACUACCAAACCAGACAGAGUACAGAUCAACUGGAAAUCAAAUGUCCAUUCGCAUGUUGUCAUUACAAGGAGUUAAGAAUAGAGGCUUUAGAGCCCAAUAUAUAACAGGCUGUGGUGGUACUUUGAAUGCAGACUUGGGAGGAUCAAUACAAACUCCUUUUUAUCCCAAUCAGUAUCCAUUUAAUACAACUUGCAUCUGGAUUAUCAGGUCUUCUACACUUGCUUCAAAAGUUCAUCUUUCAUUUACCUACAUGAAUAUACCUGAUGUUGAUGGUUGCCAGCAAAGUUAUGUAACAGUUAAUGAUGGCACAGAACCACUUGAGCUUCAUCCAAAUCAACAACAAACAAGAUAUUGUGGAAACAACAUCCCUGCACCUUAUUAUUCUCAAGAUUUUGCCAUCUAUGUAGUGUUCAGGUCUGGUGCUUCUUAUCGUACUGGCAAUGGAUUUAGGGCUGUAUACUCAUCUUCACUUGCUUCUUGUGGUGGUGAUGACAUAACAGCAAUAUCAGGACAGUUUCAAAGUCCAAACUACCCUAACAAUUACCCUAACAAUAUUGAUUGUCAGUGGGUAUUCAAAACUUCACCAGGAAAUGCACUGACAUUAUCUUUUAAUGACUUUGAACUUGAUGGAGGUUUCAAUGAUGACUAUGUAGAAAUACGAGCACCAGAAAUAACUAACUAUAUUGGCAGAUGGUAUGGAAACAAUGGUCCUUUCAACUUAAGCUCAUCUUAUGCUGGUGCUAUUGUUAUCUUUAGAACAAAUGAAGCAAAUACAGGGAAAGGCUUUGCAGGCUCAUGGGCUGCAACUACCUCUAACCAAUUAACUGGUGAUGACGGACAGAUAUCGUCCCCUCAUUAUCCAUCUAUUUACCCAGGAUCUGGUUUUUAUACUUGGACAAUAAUUACAUCCCAAGAUAAACAGCUUCAAGUAACUUUUAAUGAGUUUGUGCUGGAGUUGAGCCAAAACUGUAGAUAUGACUUUGUAGAGAUUUUUGAUGGAAGCCGAGAUACUGGAACUUCCUUAGGAAAAUGGUGUGGCACUAGCCUCCCACCACCUGUGCGCUCCACUGGCAAUGUAAUGACAGUGGUUUUUGUGACAGACGACCAUGAUAAUUUUAGAGGAUUUUUGUUAACUUGGAAUUCCUUUUACUCUCAAAAUUCUCCAGAGACAACUGCAGUAGGAUGUGGAGGCACCCUUAUAGCCAACUGGACAAAUCAAGAACUAUAUACACCUAAUUUUCCUAAUAAUUAUCCCGACUAUGCCAAUUGUAAAUGGACAAUUCUGGCCCCUGAAGGCUAUUCUAUAAAAGCUCAAAUUAACAGUUUGGUUGUAGAAGAUUGCUGUGAUUAUAUACAAUUCUACAAUGGGCUAGGUUGGAAUGAUAUCAAUAAGAUUUCUCAAAGGGCGACCAAUGAAAAUUUUCCGGCAUUUAUUUCACCUGGUAAUACUUUGGGAGUGUUGUUUCAUUCUGAUUUUUCAAUAAAUAGAUCAGGUGGCAACAUAACUUACACUCAGGUGUGUGGAUCUAUCAUGGAGCAAGUAUCUGGUGGUACCAUUACCAGCCCAUUUUAUCCUGAGAACUUCACACCCAAUCAAACCUGCAUUUGGAAAAUUUCUGUACGACCUGGACGAACAAUUCGAUUAACUUUUAACCAACAGUUUGACAUUCCUGAUACCAACCCCUGUGCAAAUCAAUACUUAAAGAUUUUGAAUGGAUUGACACCUAGUUCUCCUCCACUUGGAACACAAAAUGGAACUUACUGUGGAACAGUUGCACCACAAAUACUAGAGACAUCUAGUAAUUAUUUGUUUGUACAGUUUGUCUCCGGCUCCAGUGGUCUUGGAUCUGGGUUUUCUUUUACCUUCUCAGAAGUCAGUUUGGACUGUAGUGACCACAUAAUACUGUCACAUUCUAGGCCAUCAGGAUUAAUAGAGCCUCCAAGAAAUAAUGGAAGUACAUAUUAUAUGCCAAAUCUUGACUGUAAAUGGGUCAUUACUGCACCAGCUGGAGAAAGAGUGAGAUUGGAUUUUGAUGACAGAUUUGAGAUUCAAGUCAGAGAUGGUGUGUGCAACUCAUACUUCAUUGAAUUACAUGAUGGUGGUACAAUUUCUUCCCCUACAAUUGGACAACGUUUGUGUGGUACAUCAAAACCAGGCACAAUUUAUUCAACAAACAACGUUCUUCUGGCAAGGUUUAGAACAGACCAUCCAGUAAAUGGCUGGGGAUUUAAAGCUAAUUAUUCUAUUGCAACAUGUGGAGGUACAAUUAUUGGAGCAAGUGGUACAAUCACCAGUCCCAACUAUCCUGGGAACUACAGGAUUAAUACAGAAUGUGAAUGGUCUGUCGUUGCACCUGUGGGACACUAUAUCAUCUUCAACAUUACAAAUUUUAACCUGCAGUCUUCAACCAAUUGUACAGCUGAUUUCCUUCACAUCAAUGAUGGAAAUGCAACAGACCCAAACAUUUUUCACAGCUGUGGUUCAGUGUCUGGAGUACAAAGGGUGGAAACAUCGGACAACACAGCUUACAUCAAAUUUAGAUCUGAUAGCAGCUCUACAGCUGCUGGGUUUAGGAUUGUAUUCCAAGCUAGUGUUGAAAGCUGUGGUGGAACAUUAACAGCACCAACUGGAGUUCUCACAUCUCCCAAUUACCCAGGUUUUUAUGCUCACAACCGCAGAUGUGUUUGGCAGAUUGAGGUUGAAACUGGUAGAAAAGUGACCUUGACUUUUAAUGAUAUGAGACUCAGCAGAGGAUUUUUUAUGUGCUCAGAUUAUGUUACGGUGUAUAAUGGAUUUUUACCUAGAGCAAUGCGUCUUGGCACAUACUGUAAUACUGUACCUCAACCUGUAAGCUCUUCAAUGAAUAAAAUGACAGUUAUUUUUUACACCAAUGGACAUGGCACCAAUAAUGGAUUCAGAGCAACAUAUACAUCAGAUACAGAAGCAGACUGUGGUGGCUACCUUACUAACAGUACAGGGAGAAUUACUUUUCCAGUAUAUAAUGGAUCCCUUGCUACUCCACAACAUAACCAGUUUUGUGAAUGGAAAAUACAUAAUUAUCAAAUCAAUAGCUCCAUCAAUAUCAAUUUGGCAUUUGCAAUAGAGGAUAGUCCAAUCUGUUCAUUUGAUUAUUUGGAAAUAUUUGAAGGGAACAUAGCUGAUAAUGUAUUAUACAAACGGUAUUGUGGAACUAGAAAUGAUAGAGCUAUUAUUCCUGAUAAUGAUGCUUUAGUAAGAUUUGCAACAGACGUCAAUGUGGCAAGUCGUUUUGAAAUUAAUUAUGAAUUCACAACUUGUGGAGGAAUUCUGACUGAACCAAAUGGCAUAAUAUCAAGUCCUGGAUACCCAAAUGGUAACACAGGAAGUAACUAUUGCAGCUGGAAAAUCAGUGCACCAGAAGGGAGUGUAAUUGAGUUAUCCAACUGGGAUUUUGAAUUUCCUCUAAAUUGUUCAGAAGAAAAUUUAAUAUUACAAAAUGGAGGAAGCCAAGAUUCUCCAAAUGUUGGUGUAUUCUGUAGCGGCACAAGUCCGCCAAGUUUUACUUCCCAAAGUAAUGAAUUACGACUUACAUUGGUAAAGAGUAACUCUUCUGUGCCAAGAAGAGGAUUCAGAGUAGAAUAUAGUUUUACCAGCAGCAGUUGUAAUCGAUUGUUCAAUAGUAAUAGUGGCCAGCUGAAAUCACCAAAUUAUCCUAGCAGAUAUCCACACAAUAUUGAGUGUGUGUGGGAAAUCAAUGUUGAUCCAGGAUAUCAUAUUGUGCUUAAUUUCAACCCCCAUUUUGAUCUGGAAGCAGACAGUGAUUGUGAAUUUGAUCAUGUCGAGGUAUUUGAUUCUGUGAAUGAAACACAGCAGUUGCUGGGCAAAUUCUGCAGGAAUCAUGCUCCACCUCCUCAAAUUUCAAAAUCAAACAAAAUGAAAGUUAUUUUUAGAUCUGACCUUGACUCUAAUGGCAUAGGAUUUUCUGCCAACUGGACCUCAUUGUGUGGUGGUGUCUUUACUUCUCCUCAAGGAUCAAUAUUAUCUCCUGGAUACCCAAACAACUAUCCUAACAAUUUAGUUUGCAAUUACACCAUAAAAGCCAGUAAAAAUCAGAUAAUAACUCUGGAAUUUUUGGAUAUUGAGUUAGAAGCACCUUCUGGAUAUUAUAGAUACUAUUGCAGAGAUUAUGUCUUGUUUCCAAGUAGUGGCCAAAGAAUUUGUGGUUCUAAUACAUUUUAUUCCAAAAUAUCAACGCAAAAUGAACUGCAUUUUCAAUUUAUUACUAAUUCAUAUAGAAGUAAUAAAGGAUUUCAUGCACAUUACACAACAGAAGAAUGUGGUGGAGAUUUUACAGAACCAAAUGGAACAAUUGCAUACACUCGUACACUCCAGCACCAGAGUGAUGUCAACUGUUUUUGGAAUAUCACUGCAAAUAACAAAAUCAUUAAAUUCAAACUCGAGAGUUGGAAUUCUUAUUAUUGGCAUAGCUGUUUUAAUGGCUUUUUAAAUCUCUAUGAUGGACGUAAUUUGAAUGCAAGUGAAAUUUUACAUUUCUGUGGGCCACUUAAUAACCAGAUGCCUAUCUAUGCAAGCUCAGGAGAUUCAAUGUACAUUCAUUUUAAUAGAAAACCUUAUGGCCAGAUUACUUUUACUGGAACCUAUUAUACUACAUAUGGGCCACUCCAAGGUUGUGGUGGUACGUUAAGACAACCAAGUGGAACAAUAAGAUCUUUGGAUAUAAACAAUGAUGGACAGUAUGAGCCUGAUUUGGAAUGCAAUUGGCUUAUAUUUGUUGGAACAAACAAAGCCAUCAACUUUACAGUUAAUAAUAUAGAUAUUGAAUACCACAUCAACUGUGAAAGAGACAGUCUCACUGUGUAUGAUGGGCUGACAGUUGAUCACAGAAUACUUGGUUCUUAUUGCGGUCAGCAAAUUCCACAAACAGUGAGAUCUUCAGGCAAUGUAAUUCUGGUUAUCUUUAAAACUGAUUCUGUUACUUCUGGCAGAGGUUUUAAUGCAACUUUCCAAGAAAUUGAUGUUGUAUGUGGAGGUGGCUAUAAUGCUACCAAUGUGACACAGACUAUAUCCUAUUCAGCACAACCUGAUACUACACAGCACUGCCAUUGGACAAUUGACUCAGGCUCAGUUGAUCAAACAAUACGCAUAGAUUUCACAGAUUUCCAGUUGACAGACUCUGAGUUUGUUAGGCUCUCUGAUCACCCUGUGGGUCAGGAAAAAACCUACAGAGGUGCUGCAAUACCUCCAACUUUUUAUUCUACUUCACAACAAAUUUUCAUCGAAUCACAACUAUCAAGUUCUUCUGCUUCAAGAUUUCAGUUAAACUAUACAUUAUCAGAUUGUCACAGGAAUUACACACACUCAAGUGGAAGGUUAACAAGCCCAAACUAUCCAACUCCGUACCAACAUAAUUUAAACUGCACUUAUUUUAUAACUUCUCCUGAACGUACCACAAUUUCUCUUUACUUUAAUGAUUUUAACCUGGAGAAUCAUUAUUUGUGUGAAUAUGACAGUCUACAGGUUCUUAAUAGCUCAUCCUUAAGAGUAAACAAGCUGUGUGGAAGUUACAUCCCUGAUCCAAUACAUCUGAAUGAUAACAUAGUGACGCUAAGAUUAAUAACAGAUCAAAGUGUACCACAAAGAGGAUUUGACAUUACAUAUGUGGCAUCAACUCAAAGUCCAGGAUGUGGUGGUGCCAUUGAAGGUAUCUCAACAGGUGUAAUUACUAGCCCCAACUUUCCUGCAACUUUCACCAGAAAUGAGACUUGUGCAUGGUACAUUACACCAAUCUCAAGCAGGCCAAUGUAUUAUUGGUUCACCCAGGUCACAGCCCAUGAUAACCCAAGUAGCUGCAGUAGUAAUUACAUCAAUGUUUAUCAAGGUUCUACAACUGAUGAUCAAUUGCUGGGACAGUAUUGUAAUGAACCAAGCUCACCCCGUUUAUUCAGUUCACCAAUUUUGGUCAAUUAUGUUUCAAAUGGAAACGGAACUGUUUUCAAGAUGAAAUUCUCUACUAAUAGGUCUACUUUUAAUCCAACUAGUGCUCUGUAUGGCCGGUAGUUACAAUUUUGUCUGUUUUGGUAGGCUUGAUCCCUUUAUCAGGGGUCUCCAAACUUUUCAGCCAGAGUGGCGCAUUAACUAUCAAUAAGCGACAACAUACUCAUCCAAAUGGUUUUUUUAUUAUUUAUUUAAUAUUAUUUUAUUCAGUUAUUAUUUAAUAACACAUUGUUACACUAUACAUGAACACCUGUAUUAGUGGGAAUGGUGAAAAUGUUUUCCUGAAUGUCAGAAUAGAAGACAAUUCUGGCUUUAGAUUUGAUGUCCCUUACAUCAACAGUGACCUGAAAUUAUCAAUGGAAAGGUUUGUUAUCUAAUUGUUCUUCAAGGGUGUGGUUUCAUUGCAAAUCACACACAAUGCUUUCUCUCCAGAUUUGAUAAAGAAGUAUUUCAAACGCCAUUCGUCUUGAAAUUGCUGACAUUCAUUGUCUAGUUUUCUUUUCCUCUUCUUGGCCAUGGCUGGGCACUAAAAAAAAAUUGAAUUCCGUAGUCAAAAGGAUCUUAACGGGCCAGAUGAGAGGGCUUUGUGGGCUGCAUCUGGCCAGCGGACUGUAAUUUGGAGAUCCCUGCUUUGGACCAUUAAGACGCAUCAGACAACAAAAAUUGUUUUAAUCAUAUUUUCUGAUCAAAUUAUUUCAGGCUGUACAUUGUACUUGUUAUACAUUACAUUUACAUUGCAACAACAACAUUGAAAGAGGUGUUGGCUUGAAAAUUAUUGAGUGUGCUCCCCUAGUUAUAACUUUGGUUACAUGUUUUAACUCUUCCCUGUAAGAAAAUGUUCAUGUAUUAUUUAAGAAAAGUGGCAAUUAAUUACUAAACAAGAUAAGAUUUUGCAGAUCACUGUGUGAUGUACUUGUGUAUAUAUACUCAUUCAUUUUAAUUUGAUUUAUUAUUAAACACCUUCUGGAACA